AUGAUUAGCCUUCAACGUUUGGACAUCAAUAGAUGUCGUUCACUCCGACAUUUGCCGUGUGGAAUCGAGAAACUAACUAGUCUUCGAAUGCUUCCACAAUUUCCUGUUGGUAAGGAGAGAGGGGCCAAAAUAAGUGAAUUGGGGGAUUUAAAUCUUCUUGAGGGGAAGUUGAUGAUACAAGGACUUAAGAAUGUUGGAGGUUUAAGUGAGGCCAAGAGUGCCAAUCUCAUAUGCAAAACAAAUCUGUCGAAUUUGUGGUUAGACUGGUUGGAAAAUUAUACAAAAGAAUCAUAUACACCAGAAAUGUUUCCAUACAUGGAAGAGGUUCUUGAGGGAUUAGAGCCAAAUCCAUCUUUAGAGAUAUUGAAAAUGCGUAGUUACAUGGGAAAGACCAUUUCUCCAAGUUGGAUGGACAAUUUGAGGAAUUUGGUUGAAAUUGGUUUCUAUGGGUGUCAUAACUGCGAGCAUAUUCCACCACUUGGGAGACUCCCUAGUCUUAGGGUUAUUCACUUGUCGUCCAUGCAUUCUUUGAAGUGUUUUCAUGCUGACGAUAUAAACAUGUCAGCAGACAACAACGAUAUGUUUAUUAGUUUACAAAGAUUAGAGAUCAGCUGGUGUGGGGAAUUAAUUUCUUUACCAGAUAAUCUUCCAAAACUGGAGUGGUUUGAUGAAUCUGGACCUGAUGACGAUGACGAUGACGAUGACGAGGACGAGGACGUGGACGAGGACGAUAACGAUGACGAUGACGAGGACGUGGACGUGGACGAGGACGAGGACGAUGACGAUGACGAUGACGAUGACGAUGACGAGGACGAGGACGUGGACGAGGACGAGGACGAGGACGAUGACGAGGACGAGGACGGCGAUGAGGACGGUGAUGAUGAGAUUAAUGAAUGA